GACCCUACGACUUCGAACAAAAAACGAGACAGUGCGGACUUGUACAGGACUGGUACGGACAGUCUCUGUGAUAGUACCAAAUACCGACGUCUCUGUUGGGCUAGUUGGGCCCACCGCUUCGGUGCAGUGUCGCGCAUGCAUUCUCUUUGGUUGAAUUCGUAAUAACUGGUACGAGAACGUCGUGGAAAGCCUCGAAGCGCGCGAACGCUGAAGUACGUCAGAAGUGUGAAAGUUCAACGCUGUUGAGAGAAAAUGAAAGGUAUAUGCAACGUCUUUUUAUCUGAAAUCCACUCAUAGCGACAAGAUACAAGCUUUCAUUCACUUGGAAGCGCGGAAGAUCUUGAGCUGGACAUAGGAGCAAAUGCUUUGAAAACAUUGCUGACAAGCUGCAAUCCUUAAAAAUGCCCAUAUCUGAUGAAGCUUCGGUGCCAGUUGUGUCAUACCGUCAGAAGUAUCGGAACCUAAAGCGCAAGUUAAAGUUUCUUCUCUACGAGAACGAAUGUUUCCAGGAGGAGCUGCGGAAGGCGCAAAGAAAGCUGCUCAAAGUGACACGCGACAAAAGCUUUCUCCUCGACCAGAUUCUUCAGUACGAGUCAAUCGACUCCUCCUCGAGUGACUCGGAUGCGACUGUGUCUAGCGACAGCGACUCCGAGCUUCGUGUUGAACCGCCACCACCGCCUCCCGCAAUCAAGAAAAAGAAGCCGUCGGUGACCCCUGUUGAAAGCGGCAACGUCCACCAUAUUCCUGUGGCUAGCGUGUCAGCAGUAACAGUGCCCAAUGCUACUCCCUCUUGUUCCAUACCUAUAAAAACCGAAAUAACGCCGGGGCCGCUACCGGCAACCAACACUUCCGCUGCUUUGGGUGUUCUGCCAACGCUAGCAGCCAAGUCGGCUGUUUUGAUGCCCCCCGGUGCGUCUCUGAAUCUGACGGCUGAUAAGAAAAAGAAAGUAGCCAGGGCCUCCAAGCCUCCGCCAGCAACAGUGUCUGCGCCACCGCAGCCGACGUCGAAGCCGAUUUUGGUCUCAGGUGUUCCGAAAAGGAUAUUGGAAGCAACCGAUGCACUUUGUGUGAGUCGUCUGGACGGCCACAUGACUUCGGAGGAGGUGGAGAGGCACCUGGAAGCAAGGCAGACACUGCGCGAUCUACUUCCUGAGAAGGCUCCGCUCACAGUGCCUGCUGAGCUCUUCAGCAAUGAACCACCGGCAGACCUACUAGAUGGCGGGCCGCCCUUGCUGGCGCCCGGCUCCUCUGUCAUGGCCUCCACUGACGCUGAGGGGGAGGACGACGAACUCAUCACUGGAAUAGCAUAGUGAUUACAUGUAUCUGAAGUGGUUGGAAUCACCAUAUGUUUGACACACUGACACUGGACCUACGUAGUGCUAUGUAAGACCCUAACUCUUAGUCCGAAUUAUGCUGCAAUUCACUCUGUACAAAUGGUCUUUGCCCAGUCAGUGCUGUCGUCGUGACAUAUGGCAUCUUUUGAGGUCUUUGCUGUUGUCUCUUGAGGGCCUGACAUGUUUGAGCACGUUUAGCCGCCCACUUGUGUGAAGUAAAACAUUUGUUGUGCUUAAAAGGUUGAUUUAAACAAUAUUACUAUGUUUACCUUGUUGCGUCUAAAAGUGUUAAGCUAGCUCUGUGUUUCAGGGCACAAUUUACUGAGUUAAGGACCAGAAACAAUCCAAAGACUAAAGCCUGUGACAACCCAAAAAUUCAAGAAAUGCUCCUUUGUUAAAAGCAUGCUGUGCAAACUCCCUCUGCUUUCAUGUUCCAAAAGCUAGUUCUUUUACAGAUUGCUACAUAUGCACACAGAAGACGUCCGCCGGUGAAAUUCAGCUCACAGCAUAUACAUACAUAUACUAUAAUGCAAGAAACAUUAAAAAUUAAUUUUAAAAGGAAUUAUCUUGGCUUUACUUUUAAAGAGCUUUCUUUUUAUGCUCCCAAGUAUGCGAAUAACGAGGUGCAUGCUGCAGUUGAGAACAUGCACCACCAAAUCCGAAUUAAUCUUUGUCUAAUGAGUAUCGCGUGUACCUCAUGAACAAACGAUUCCAUUUCCUUAGGUUGAGGAGGUUCAUGCCACUGCAAUGGCUGAGCUAGGCAAAUAUUUGAACUUUGGUCUUGUGAAGAAAAGAACAAAAUUUAGUUGGCUUGCAAAUGUAUGCAUGCGCCCUUCGAAGUGAAUUUGCCACAACUUUUUAGGUUGUCACUACAGUAUUCUGCGCUACAUAUAACAGCAACCAUGCAAAACACGCUUUUUUUGGCAGAAGCAGUCUGCACCUGUUGCCACCAAUUGUUUGCAUAGUCCAUGUCGUUCUGUGAAGCAAGUGCACCAGCCUCAUUUUGCGUGAUCUUAAGCUUGCAAAGGAGCAUGUGCUAUAUUGGCAUAGUAAAAUAGCAGCUGAUGGUGGGGGUGAAGAAAACUGGGCAAGUUGGUGACUGCUUAUGGCGCAGAAUGAAGCAGUAUCCAGCAUGCAGCAAAGUGACACUGUAGACAAGCAGCAAAUUCUUAUAGGAAUAUCACAAAAUUAAACUGCCAUAAGUAGCUUCAAUAACAGAUAGCUAAUUUAUUAUUGUAUUGUAAAACUAAGAAAUUAUUGGAACAAAACUGAUGUGUAUCAGAAAGGAAAGCACACUGUUGGCACAUGUGCCAGUUGCAUAAAUCUGAUGGCAUUUAUUUUAAUGAUUUAGCUGGUCUCACUUGCUGCAUGAACACGCAAGGAACUGUGUGUGAGCUGAAUUUGUGACCAGUGACUGCUGUAAAAGACUUUUCCAGAAGUUGGGUUUAUAGUUUUAGUGGCCUGUACUGCAUUAAAAUGUUGCUAACAUUAGCAAAACAUGGUUCUCCAGCAGCUCUGCUCAAUGUUGCAGGGCCACCUAUAGCAGGUUGUUUGCAGACAGUGUGGGUCAACUUUUAUCCCAGUGUAAUGGUACCCUAACUCGUGCCCUUUGUGACCUGCACAUUUAACCAAGUAAGGGAAAGGCAUUGUGUUGCCUUGUUGAUGUGUCAUAUAUUGAAUGUAGUAUGGUAGGUAUAAUCAAACUUUUUCAACUUGCUUUUGUCUUAUGUAACACAAUAGAUUGUUCAUAAGUUUGAGGUAUGCCGGGUACUCUUUUUUUUUUUUUUUUGUUCAGAAAAUGCAUUUGAUUUAUGUAGAAGUUCAAGGAGCAAGUGUGCACAGUGGCAUGUGCUCGCCAUGGCAGCCUCUGGGAAAGAAAAUGUGUAUGAUGUAGUGGCCAUGGAGUUUGUUGGCACUUUUCUCAAUGGUUCGUUCAGACUAGUUGGCAGUUUUUGAUGAAUGUUUGGUUACUGCUGCUAUUGCAUUUUGAAGUUCACAAUAAAGCGGCUAGUUACACCGCUGA